GCUAAUUUUUAUUUCAUUUAUUUAACCUUUUAUUUAUCUUGGCAAGUCAGUUAAGAACAUUCUUAUUUACAAUGACGGCCUACCCCGGCCAAACCCUAACCCGGUUGACGCUGGGCCAAUUGUGCGCCACGCCCUAUGGGACUUCCAAUCACGGCUGGUUGUGAUACAGCCUGGAAUCGAACUAGGGUCUGUAGGGAUGCCUCUAGCACUGAGGUGCAGUGCCUUAGAACGCGUGGUGCACAAUAUGGCCGCUGUGCUACUGAUUUUAACAUCUCUCUCCCUCCCCCAUUUUCCUAUCUCCCCCAGGUGAGCUGUACUCAGGGGUUGCCAGUGUACCAGACCGGCCAGUUUUGGGUGGCAGGAUGCCUGGGGUGGAGAGUGGCUCAGGUGGUCUGGCUGAUGACGAGGUGGUCCUGGAGACCCUGAAGUGUUUCUGCAGCUCAUCAGAACAGACCUACGACCAGUUCCUGUCCUCCUUCACACACCUGACUCCAGGGAGUGCUGGGAGUGGACACACGACUCUGCCCUCCGGACCCAGUCAUCUCUCUAGGGAGAUGGAGAGAUCAGGGGAGUUGAGGAGGAAUGGAGAAGAGGAUGCAGCAGAAGAGAGGAGAGGACAGCAGAGUGUCUGUGUCCUGCCUGCUGAUCAGGAGGAGGUGGAGCUAGGUGCUGGAGUGAUUGUGGGCAGCUGUGGAAAUGGAGACUGUCGUCCACCAGGCAUAACUCUCAAGCUGGAUAACUACCUGGAUGUUGGGGACUUCAGUGAGGAGGAAGGAGAUGUAACUGCUGACCCAGAUGGUGGGGUUCGGGUUCUACCAGGGGAGGUGGAGGAGGAACUCCCUGCCUACCUGCCCUCCUUCUGUCACCUGACCCAGCUGGACCUGAUCUCCACAGGCAGGAGGACGGGGACACGGCCGGGGACACGAGGACAGCAGCAGGACACGCCACCACAGGGACAGAGUGGCAGUGAAGAGGUUUUGCCUUUCAACCUGGAUGAGAACUUUGACUACGACAAUGUUGUGCUGUCUAGCAAACAUCUCCUACCACAGUCCAACACUGGUGUAUGACCUCUGUGCAGGGACCACUGUCUGGGAGAGCCUUGUGUCAUACCACAUCAAAUUACCCAACUUACCAUUUAACUGGACUAAUAAACCACUCCUGAAAACAGAA